UCCACCCAGAUGGGGUAGCUGAUUCCUAUGGGCAACGUGGAUGAGCGGUGCCCCCCGCUGCAGGAGGACUGAACUGCAGGGCUGCGUCAUGGCCAGCUUCCUGCAGCUCCUGCUGGCUUGGUUAGGAGGCUGCGGCUGCGCGGGACGCCUCGUGCCCCUCAGCGAGGGAACCAAAGCUGGAACCUUCCGGGGAAACGUGUCUCAGCGUUGGGAGCGGCCCCUGUUGAGGUCCCGUCGCAGCUGGGUCUGGAACCAGUUUUUUGUCAUCGAGGAGUAUGCCGGACCGGAACCUGUCCUCAUUGGGAGGCUUCACACGGAUGUGGACCACGGCGAAGGGCGCAUCAAGUAUGUGUUGACUGGAGAGGGGGCGGGUACGGUCUUUGUGAUUGAUGAGAAGAUGGGCAACAUCCAUGUCACCAAGACGUUGGACCGAGAGGAGAAAGCCCAAUACACGUUGCUGGCUCAAGCUGUGGACCGGGUCUCCAACCGGCCCCUGGAGCCACCAUCCGAAUUCAUUAUCAAAGUCCAAGACAUCAAUGACAACCCACCAGUCUUCCUGAAUGGUCCCUACCAUGCCACUGUGCCCGAGAUGAGCAACGUGGGUACAUCUGUGAUCCAGGUGACAGCCCACGAUGCAGAUGAUCCUGCCUAUGGGAACAGCGCCAGACUGGUCUAUACGGUACUCGAGGGGUUGCCGUUCUUCUCCGUCGACCCCCAGACGGGUGUGAUCCGGACAGCCACACCCAACAUGGACCGGGAAACACAACAGGAAUUCCUCAUCGUGGUGCAAGCCAAGGACAUGGGGGGCCACGCAGGGGGGCUUUCAGGAAGCACAACUGUCACAGUCACGCUGAGUGACGUCAACGACAACCCGCCCCGCUUCCCGCAGAGCUCCUAUCAGUUUUCUGUGGUGGAGACUGCACCUCCGGGCUCUGCAGUGGGGCGGUUGCGGGCGCACGAUCCGGACGAGGGGGAGAAUGCGCUGCUGGCCUACAGCAUUCUGGACGGAGGAGACGGAGCCGAGGCCUUCGCCAUCCAUACUGACGCCCUUGGGCAGGAUGGGAUCAUCACUGUCAAAAAGCCCCUCGACUUUGAAUCCCGCCGCUCUUACACGUUCCGAGUGGAGGCCACCAAUACGCUCAUAGACCCCCAGUACAUCCGCAAGGGCCCCUUCAAGGACGUGGCCACGGUCCGUAUCAGCGUGGAGGACGCCGACGAACCCCCGGCCUUCUCCCGCUCCGACUAUCAUCUCGCCGUUUACGAGAACAGCCCUCCGGGGACGCUGGUGGGCAAAGUGGUGGCCGUGGACCUGGACUCCCCCAGCAGUGUCAUCCGAUACUCCAUCCUGCCGCACACGGACCCCGAGCGCUAUUUCAGCAUCAACCCCCAGGACGGGACGAUUCUAACUUCCGUGCCUCUCGACCGGGAGGUGUUGUCCUGGCAUAACAUGACCGUGGUGGCGACUGAACUUGACAGCCCUACGCAGGCCUCCCACGUCCAAGUGGCCAUCCAGACCCUGGAUAUCAAUGACAACCCGCCCCAACUGGAGCAUAGCUAUGAGCCUUUCGUCUGCGAUAACGCUGUCCCCGGCCAGUUGGUGCAGCUUAUCCGGGCAGUGGAUCGAGAUGAAGAUGGAAAUCUGAGCCGUAUCAUCAUCCGUUCGCCGCUUGGGGCCAGGGAACCAAACGUCACCGUGCGAGACAACAGGGAUAACUCUGCCUCCUUGCUGCUCCGUGCUGCCCGGCUGCCAGCACAAGGGGGGUCCCUGCUGGUGCCGCUGGAGCUAGUGGACGGCGGAUCCCCCACCCGCACGGGCUCUCCAACUCUGACCGUGAGCGUCUGCCGGUGUCGGCGAGACGGGGCCGUGCCCUUCUGCGGGCCUGAGGCCCUGGGAUCUCCCGCCGGGCUCAGCACGGGCGCCCUGCUUGCCAUCCUCGCCUGCAUGGGCACUCUGCUUGCACUAGUGUUGCUCUUUGUCGCCCUCCGGAGGCAAAAGCAGGCAGCGCUGCUCCCCUUCGAAGAAGAAGACGUCCGGGAGAACAUCAUCACUUACGACGACGAGGGGGGUGGCGAGGAGGACACGGAGGCCUUUGACAUGGCCGCCCUGCAGAACCCCGACGCCGCCCCCCCUCCAGCCCCCCAGCAACGGCGCCUCCUCCUGCGGCGGGACGUGCUGCCUCGGCCCCAUUUCCCGCCCUCCUUGCCCGCCCGCGUGGCCCCACAGCCCCACGACGUGGCCAGCUUUUUGGCCGCCCGCUUGAGCGAGGUGGACGCCGACCCCUCCGUGCCACCUUAUGACUCCAUCCAGGUGUACGGCUACGAGGGACAAGGGUCUUCGGCCGGCUCUCUCAGCUCGCCCAGCUCCUCGUGCGCCGGCGACAGUGACGCGGGGGGAUACGAAUACCUGGAAGAAUGGGGCCCGCUCUUCCGAACACUGGCCGAGCUGUACGGUGCCCCAGAAGGGCCACCUCCCACCUGA